CUGUCAGCACAGCAAAGCAGUGAGUGAGCUGCGCGGGGUGUGCUGGGGUGAUGCUGAGGGAUAACGCAAUCUAAAGCACCUAAGCAUCAAGACAGGACUGGCACAUGCAAAUAAGUACAAUCUGGCCUUGGCUUUUAGGGGUAUUCAGGGCUUUCUGGAUAUUUAAUAGCCACUAAGUUUUGUAGGGUUUUUAGUUUGUUCACUUAGGGUUUUUUUUAAUAUGACCCCAAUUUAGCAAUUUAGUCUCAAUAUUUAGGGAGGGGAAGCAGUAAUUGUAGUAUUCCCAUUUGGAGUAUGACAAAUGCAUGUCACAGACACAUAGAACGGUUUGGGUUGACCUUCAAAGGCCUUCUACUCCAAUCCUCCUGCAAUAAGCAGAAAUAUCUUCAACUAGAUCAGGUUGCUCAGAGCCCUGUCCAAUGUGACCUUGAAUGUUUCCAAGGAUGGGGCAUCCACAACAUCUCUUGAAACCUGUCCCAGUGUUUCACUGCUCUAAUUGCACAAAAUUUCUUCCUUAGAUCUAGUCUAAAUCUACUCUGGGUCUAAACCCAUGUGAUUGAUGUUAGAGAACCCUGCCAAUAAGCCCUCUGAAUAGGGAGAUGUGCUUCUUAACAGUUUUUAUGCCACAGAUGUGUGUCUAUUUUACAAAUUUUUGGAAACAUGAGCAAGGCUGAUUGUAGAGUGGCAGCCUUUUUGAAGUAAUAGUGAAAUAUUGCUCUUCCUAAACCUAGUCCUUGAGGCCAUACUGGUAAUAUGCUGCAGACUUUUUUUUUUUUAUUACUGUGGGAGUACUGCAGUAAAGUUUAAUUCUGUACUAUUAUGUCUGUUCCUUGAGCACAAUAUACAGGCAGAGUCUUAAACACUGAGAAAAUCUGAGCACAUUGAUAGAUACCUUUGAUGUGAUUAAGACAUUCCCAGUAAAUUAUUCACCAGAUGGUACAUCAAAGGAAGUUACUCAAAUUGCUUUUCAGAGCUUCAGCUAAUCUCUGAAGUGUGUGGGCUACCAUCCAGGCUGCAGCAUUUUGCAUGAGUUGGUUGUCCUUUAUUACCUUGCCUAAAUGUGGUGAUUUGCCCUUCUCUUGUCAUCAAGCAGUACCAAAGCCUAGAAAGGAGGUGAGGAGGGAAUAGCUUUGAACAAUGUUUGCUGCCAGAUUUGGGACUCCUCAUUUUUUCUUUGUAGGAGGCCAACACUGACAGGAUAUAACCAUGUUUUGGUUCCCACUUUCUUGGCUGUUGCCCUCUACUGUCUAAUCUCUCUCUGUUGUGCCCGUUGCCUUCCUGGCUCCUCCAUGUCACAGGUACUUGGUGCUGAUGCUCCAAGGUGCAGAUGAAUGCUCUACAAGAUGGUGAGCUCAGCAUGAUGGGAUGCUACCUGAGGCUUCAUCCACAUGUAGAAGAGGACUACAUGUUGCCUUUCUGCCCAGCUAAGAGAUGGAGAGACUUUCAACUGACCUCUCAGCAGGCUGAGAUGAAGAAAUGAGUCACUGAGCUCCAGUAAGUGGUCAGGAAUGUGACGCCCAAGAGAAGAUGAACUUUGAGCUGCGCAUGCGGGAGGGGAUCUGCAGGCUGCUGGCCGUGAGCACGCAGAGGGAGCAGCUCCUGCACGCCGUGAAGAACCUGCUGGUGUGCAACGCUCGCAUCCGGGCCUGCAGGGCACAGCUGCAGGCCCCGGGGCAGCAGUCUUCAGAAAAUGGGACAAAAGACCGGAUGGCAUGCAGAGCAAGGGUUGCUAUAUCAGAUAUUCGAAUACCAUUAAUGUGGAAAGGCUCUGACCACUUCAGCAAAAAAGAAAAAUCGCAGCGCUACGCCGUGUUCUGUUUGUUCAGCAUGGGAGCUGAGGUUUUUGAUACUGAGGUGACUCUUGUGGAUGAAGCAGUCACAGAUAUCUGUUUUGAAAAUGUAACCAUAUUUGAUGAAGCAAGCCCAGAUUUCCAGGUGAAGGUUGAAGUCUAUAGCUGCUAUACAGAGGAGUCUUUAUGUAUAACAAACACUCCUAAGAAACUGGCAAAGAAACUUAAAACAUCCCUCAGCAAAGCUACAGGGAAGAAACUCAAAGCUGCACUGGAAGAAGACAGCACUGAACCCCUUUUGCCUGCUGACCCAGUCAUCCAUGGAGCAAAGUUCAGUUUGCUGGCAUACACCACUCUGGGGCUGGAAAGUGCUGAGGACAAUUUCAGGACCCACAACCUUACCAUUACAGGAAAUGAGGAAUCCUCUUUUUGGCUGCCCCUGUAUGGGAACAUGUGCUGCCGUUUAGUUGUGCAGCCCUCCUGCAUGGCCAGGGAUAUGAUGGCAGGAUUUCUAAAUCAGCAGCAAAUGGUAGGAGGCCUGACAAGCUGGAGGAGGCUGUACUGUGUACUGAGAGGUGGCAAACUCCUUUGUUAUUACUCACCAGAAGAAAUUGAGGCUAAAGUGGAGCCAGCAUUGACAGUUUCCAUCAACAAGGAAACCAGGAUUCGAGCUGUGGAUAAGGACUCCAGCAGAAGAGCCAAUAACUUCUCUGUUAUCAACCCCGUGGCUGGAGAGGGUGUGACGCAACGUUUUGCUGCUGACAGUAGGGAUGAACUUCAUCAGUGGAUGGAGGCUUUCUGGCAGCACUUUUAUGAUCUGAGCCAGUGGAAGCAUUGUUGUGAGGAACUUAUGAAAAUUGAGAUUAUGUCACCACGGAAACCACCUUUGUUCUUGACAAAGGAAGCGACCUCCGUCUACCAUGAUAUGAGCAUUGAUUCUCCAGUGAAACCUGAGGGCUUAGCUGAUAUCAUACAUAGGAAAAUUGAAGAGAGUGAUGGUGAGUUCCUUCUUGGCCAGCAGAGAGAGCCUGCAUCUGCCCUGUGGGCGUCACUCUUUGAUGGAUCUCAUGAGAUGACUGUUCACAAAAACACACAUCCGGACCCCAAAAGAGAUACUACCAGUCCAAAUGACAGCAGAGGAAAGAAAAGAAGAGCUCCACCUCCACCCUCUGAUAAGUCACCCUACAGGGCAGAAGCCCAGGUGAACCCAGAGCAGCUGGGCAAGGAAAACUGGGGGAAGCCUGACCACACACCUGCCUUUGAGUCAGUGUUAGCUACGAAGAUGCAGCAGCUGCAAACCCCCAUUGCUCCCCCUUGCAAAAUUGGCCUUUGUGGGAAAAGUGGUUUAGCUGGCCUGGGGAAUCCUGUUUCUCUGCUGAGCAAGACCAAGUCUGAAACCAAACCAGUCCCAACCCCUAGACAUAAAGGCAUCACAGAAAUACUAGACCCCAGGUCCUGGCUGCAUCCAUAGGCAUCGUAUUUAGCUUAGAGGAGUCUUUGGAAUUUAAAGUUUCUCAGCCUUCUCCUAAUACCCUUCAUUAAAAGUAGAUUUUAGCAUUUAGCUCAAGUGUUUCCUGUGAGCCAGGGCAUUACUGCUAGCUGCAGUCUCAGCUGUAUUCAUUAGUGCUCUAUCUGAAUAAUUGCACUAGAAUGGGGGGGUGUUUCUCUGUCUGGAGUAACGGUGCUAUUUCUGAAAACAAUAGUUCAGUACUUUCCUCUUGAAAAAACCACAGUGUUCAGGGUAAGCUCAGCUGUCCCCACAGCAGGGAUGUUCCCAGUGCCUUCUACAGUCCCUCAGCUUAGCCCAUCCACAGCUCCUCAGACUACUCAAGUGGGAAUUCACACAUAUUCAGCACAGAUCUUGCAAAGCUGAUUUUCUUGGGCUCCAUGCUUGCUGCAUCCUCUCCAUGCCUUGCUGUUUAGGAAACACUGCCUAUAUGGUAAUCGAGUAUGAAAAGCUUUUGUGCUGUUCUGAAUGGCUCUGUAACUCCAUACAAAUUUCUGAGGCAGUUCCCUCAAUUUAGUGUGGGAUUUCCCAAGUUCCUGCUGGUUCAUGUGCAAUUGGAAUGGACCAGAAUUAUCUGUCUUUGAGCAAGGAUAUGAUCCAUCACUGCUGGUUUAUUUUGGGCUAAGACAAGCAUUCAAAAGCAGUUGCUUGGGUAUGUGCUCAUCUUAGGGUUGUUUUUCCUGACAAACGUGGGUCUGUACCACAGCUCUCCUUUGUGGAGCCUCUCAGCUGUUCCUGCUGGGGAGCUGGUUUGUGAACAGGCAGUGACACUGGUAACAAACAGGGCUUUGCACCACUUGUUCCUUCUGCAAUAGCACAGAAUAAGCACUUCAGGUGAAGAUCCUGAACUCUGAGAUUCUUUCAUCAGACUGUUCACCUCUGUUUCACUUCUAUAAGUAUGGGUUGUUAGGGUUCCUGUGGCACCUAAAAAGCAUCUACUGUAUAAGAAAGAGCUGUGUUCUCUUGGAUCCACAGCUUGAAUACCCAGCCAUUUCCUUGGUUGGUGCGUUUGUCUCAGAUGCUGGAACUUAUCCAAGGGCAAAGGUCUGCUUGCAGUUCUCCCUCUGCAGACUUGGUGCUCAGACCUGUGUUGAGAGGGUCAUAUCAGUGACUGUAUACAUACAGUUCAUUAUUUAUCAUUUUUUUCCCCCAAAAUGUGGAUGGCUCUGGGAGCUUUACCAUUUCUCCAUGAGAUACUGUGGGCAUGGUUAUUUUAUUUUAUUUAAUUUUUUGUCUUCAGCUACGCUCUUGGCUCCACAGUUGUAAAGGUAUCUGCUGAAUUCCCUCAGUAGUUCAUUUGGGAUGGGGUUGAGAGGCAGGUUUCAUUUACAAUUCCUUUUGCAGGAUUAGGGCCCUUUGUUCUAGAAUGUCCUUGUUCAUUCUUCAUUUAAUCACGUUCCAUUUUCCCUCUGAAACAACCAUAAUCAUUCUUACAAUAAAUCAUGCUGUUACUUAAGUGGAUGGUUUGUGAAUGGCUUAUAAAUAGGAACAGAAAAAACUGAAGAAAAACUACAUGAUUAUGUAAAUCAGACAGUCAAGUAAGUGGACUGUGCAACUCUGAACAAGAAAUGGGAAAAAUUGGGAGGGGGGAACGAAUAUUUUCCAAAAUGCAGCUGCAGUUUAUUUAGCUUAAAAUCUAGCCUUAAGUGGUUCUGUGCUCAGAAAGAAAAAAAACACAUUUUCUUGGAAACCCCCUUUAAUUUUGUAGCUAUAUUUUUAAAAAAUCUCAUAAAUAUAUAAGGAUAGAAGGCACCAUAAUUAGGAUUUAUUUUUACAUUCAACAGAUCAUUGAAUUUCAACAAGCUGUUUCUCUAUUAAAUUCAGUGGCUUUGUUUUGAACUGAACAUAGGUGUUUUAACAAGGCAUUUAAUAUUAAUUUGAAGUCUUCAAGUGAUGAGAAUUCACUCAUACCUCCUGUUGCAACACUUAAUUACCCCAGGUACAUUCUUCACUUGAUUUUCUAUUUGCAUUUCUAGCUCCACCUUAAGUUAUUUUGGUCUUUUUAUGCAUUUGAUUGCUUAUAUUGAUCUCUGUAGUAUCAGCUUUUCUAAUUGCCUGUGUGUAGUUAUAAAUCAUGAUUAUGUCCCUUUUAACCUUUUCUCUGAUGAGACUGAAUUCCUUAACUUUCCUAUGGCAGUGGAUGUUACCCAAGACUAAUUAAUCUUCACAUUCCCUGGAUUUCUCAUGUACAGAAGUAUUUGUAAGGGUGACAUCUGCAUUAGAUGCCACAUGUCAAUAGUGAUCCAUCAGGACUGUACAGAGCCAUAAUGUGAUCCUCUUGCUCUGAUGAAUAUCUCCCUCUCUCUUCUCAAGAAUUGCAUCAUCUUUUCUUUUUCCUUUUUUUUUUUUUUUUUUUUUGUGGAAGCGUUGCCUUGGAUGCUGACUGUUAUGGACCAAUUCCUCUUCAGAGUCUUUCUCAAGAAUGUGGUACAUCAUCCUCUUAUUAUCUUACCUUAUAUUUUCUUGGAAAUACAGAUAGUAUUUUACCAGCAUUAAAAUACUGCUCAUGAAGUGAUCCAGAUUGCUCUGUGUAAGUGACCCGUCCUCAUUCUUUACUACUCCAGCAGUCUGCAUGUCCUUUGCAAAUCUAUUGCAAGUGAUUUUUACAGUUUAUUCCAGAUCAUUGAUUUUUAAAAUUGAAUGCAAGGUAAGGUUUGUAGAGAGAGGUGAUAAGUUUUUAUUACAUCAGUGACAUGGGAAGGGGGUGGAGAAAGCAAACAGGCAGGCCAUUGAAUUUCUGUCCCUUUUAUCCCAGAGCUUUUAAAACUUUCAGUAAGAUGGCAAACAGCUAAAUUUCUUGCUGAAUCCCUAUUAAUAGUGUAUCUUGACAUUAUUAUUGUGAUAUUUUAAAGAAAAAUACAUAUUCAUCUUUUUUUCAGAAAGUUACUCAGGGUUCUUGUGGGUAACACCUCAGUGCAGGUGUCUUUGCAAGCCAAGCUUAACAUAUCUAAGAGUAAAAUGCAACCUGUUGCUCAAGACCUAUUCUCCAUGAAGCUGUGUUGAUAUUUUAUAUCUAUCCUUAAAUUAGACUCAUGUGGGCCAGUUCAUGAUAUUGCAGUGACCACCACUAAGCAAACAAGGGCAUUCAUUAUUCUGUCCAUGUGCUUCAGGACUACAUAAUCCCUGUUAUGAAGAAAGAGUUGAUUCAGGUUUUAGUGUUUAUUGUUACUUUGCCUUCUUUCCCCUGCCCUGUUCUGUGUUGCCAUUAGUGCCUUUGCAUCUUCUGUGAAGCAAGUUGGUUUAACCAAUAAAACCUGCAGGCUCCCAGGAAACACAGGAGAAUGUAAUGUUCCACCAUCUUAGCAGCUGCAUUCAAUGAGGAUGCUUUAAUUGCAUGGCUCACAAUAUCAGGGAUCAGAACCCAGAAGUCAUUUGGCUGAUUCCUGCUGGCAUGAGGCUUGGAGGACCUGUGGCUGCUCCCAGCCCUUGUGUCCCAUUCCCCUGGUUCACAUUUGUGUAGGCAAGCUGGAAUGCUGUCACCUGGCUGGGAAGUCCAUUGAGAAACACUUCUGCCAGGGUGAAUGGCUCAGGGAGGACGCUGGUGGCACCUGCUGAACCACACGUGGAAUUAGAGACUUCUCUGAGGAACGUGUCAGGCCUGCUCUGGAAACUGUACCUGCUUGUUCUCUGCUGGGAUUAAUUAAUGCUGCUUAAAGGAGAAUUGAGUGAUUGGAUGCAGUCUUGAAGUGGGGGAGACAGAAGUCAGCCUGAACUAUUCUUUUAGGAAGUACAACUUGAAAUUAAUUGCUAGUUCAAACUUGAAUAUAAAUUUCACAGAACAUGAACUUCUGAAAUAUUGACUGAACAAAGCCUUAACUUAUUAACUUUUUAUAUUUACCUGAUGUCUUCAGCUGUUCACUUGGUGUUGGAAUGGUAGACGGUACUUUCUGGGUUACAUUUUUACUAGAACUGUGGGGUUUUUUCCCGUGGUAAUAAUACUAAUAGUUAUUUUAUGGUGGCUUGUAAGUAUUUGAAAAUACUGUCAUAGUAUUCAGAGUUGAUUUCUAAUUAAUGCAAACUGCCUUAAUAGAAAAAUGGAAAUUUGGACACUAAUGUAUUGUGAAAUGUUAGAACAGAAAUCUUCUUAUUUUGCUGCUAGCAUAUUGUAUUUCUGUUAAAAUAUGCAAGUAAAAUUAAAAACAUUUCUAGAAUAAAA